AUGGAUACGGCGGAGAUGAGAGAGACGCGGCAGACAGAGCUUUACCAUGCCCCGCCAGUCAUCAAUGGUCGUGUGCCGAAGAACAAGUUUGGCAACAUUGAUGUAUACGUGGCGAGCAUGGUGCCGCAAGGUGGAGUUCACGUCACGGACGAAUUCGACGCUGCUGCGCGCGCCGCUCACAUACUAGGGAUUGACUACGCGCCGGCGUUGACAGGGUUCAAUUUCAAGGGAAAGCAUGGUACAGCUGUGCUGAAUGGCGUGGUAGUAGCACGAGAGCAUGAAGAAGCCGUUCGGGCUGUGAUGGAGGGUUUGGGAGAUAUGGAAGCACAAGUAGAGCGGAGCAAGAGGUCUUUGGCUGCGAUCCGAAUGUGGAAGAGGUUUCUUACGGCACUCCGGAUCCGGGAGCGCGUAUGGGCCGGAGUGGACCCCGAAGAGAGAGCCGAAGAGGAGAGGGAAAUGGUUGGGGAAAUCGCGGAAAUGUCAGAGCGUGAAGAAAGUAUGGCAACAGGCGGCUCCAUGGUUGAGUGUGAUAACCAAGGUAGGGGAUGUCUUGCCCAGGACGAGGCAUUUGGGGGAGGCUUUAUAGUUGAAGAAGAUGCGAGUCAAGGCAGAUCUGGAGGUUUCAUGGUUGGUAACGAGAGCAAAUAUGGCGGUGGGGGUUUCGUGGCUGAAGAAGUGGAAGUGGAAGAGGAAGAGGGCGGUGACGGAGGCUUCGUUGCUGGGGAUGAGGAUGUCGACAGCGACCGCGGUGUAGGCUUCGCCGCUCAGGACGUGGAUGUGGAAGAAAGCGGAGGCUUUGCAGCUAACGAGGGGGAAGAGAACACCGAAAGGGAUGGCGAGGAUGGCGACAUGGGGUUAGAGGACCUUUCGGUUCUCGGGGCGGAGAAAGACGAAGACGAAGAAGUUGAAGAUGCUCCGAGCGACGUUACAGAGGAGUAUGACAUGGAGGAGGAGGACGGUGGAGGAGGAUUCCUAGUGGAGUAG